AUGAUGAAGCUCGUAGUGUUUUCUUGCUUGUUGGCUAUUUCAUUAACAACUCCUUACGCAUACGCUGCACACCUUGGUUAUGGAGCACCGUACGCAUACAGCAACUACCGUGGAAUUUGGUCUCUAGCUCUCGGUCAACCUGCCGAAUUUCUCGGUUCUGACGGCAGACCUCUUGACACUUUGGAUGUGAACUUGGUCCGUUCUGCUCCUAUCGCUAUCAACAGCGGCAUUCAUUUCUUGAAAAAACGUGACGUCAUUAAGCCUGUGGUGGCUGCGCCAGCUUGUCCUGAUGCUACUCCACUUAUAACUCUCACGACACCAAUUACUUACGCCGCUCCUGUCGCCCCCAUCGCCCUUUAG